UAUGACGUCAGCCGAGUCCGAUCUACCAUGGCGAACAUUCGGUGUGUGAAGGGUAUGGUCGGCCUGGUAACAGGCGGUGCCUCCGGUUUGGGGCGGGCCACCGUGGAGCGUCUGGUGCAGAGCGGAGCGUCUGCUGUGAUCGUGGACCUCCCCUCCUCUGACGGACAGGCUGUGGCAGCCAGUCUGGGAAACCGCUGUGCCUUUGCUCCUGCAGAUGUGACAUCAGAGGCAGAGGUGCGGUCAGCUGUUUCCCUGGCCAAAGAGAAGUUUGGGAAGUUGGACAUGGCGGUUAACUGCGCUGGCAUUGCUGUGGCUGUGAAAACAUAUAACUUUAAGAAGGACCUCCCUCACAGCCUGGAGGACUUCCAGCACGUCAUCAAUGUGAACAUUGCAGGAUCUUUUAAUGUGAUUCGUCUCGCUGCGGGCGAGAUGGGGAAGAACGAACCCGACGCAGACGGACACAGAGGCUGCAUCAUUAACACCGCCAGCGUGGCAGCUUUCGAUGGACAGGUUGGACAAGCAGCUUACUCCGCUUCUAAAGGCGGCAUCGUUGGGAUGACCCUUCCCAUCGCACGAGACCUGGCACCCAUGGGCGUCAGAGUCAUCACCAUAGCACCUGGGCUCUUCUCCACUCCUCUUCUCGCCAGUCUUCCAGAGAAGGUGCGCUCAUUCCUCGCGCGCCAGGUGCCCUUCCCCUCGCGCCUGGGUGACCCCGCUGAGUUUGCUCACCUGGUCACAUGCCUGGUUGAGAAUCCCAUGAUCAACGGGGAGGUCAUUAGACUGGACGGAGCCAUUCGCAUGCAGCCCUGAGGCGUUCUCAUCUCAGUGUUUUAUCAGAAUCCGCCGGCGUCACAAAGAUACAUGAAAGAUGUAGUUCGAUGUGAUGAGUUUGAGAAAGCAGGAGGGCUGCAGUUUGUUUCUCGUAUGGUAGUUUAGCAUUUUCCACUUUAAAUUUUGUGUUCACUCACUGAUUACUUCUAGCUACUUGUUUAGGUUUGGAGCUAAAAUACACAGAAAUCCAUACGCAGAGAAAAAAGUGCCUGAGUGCCUUUAAAUGUGACGCCAGGUGGUCCUGAACUGGUCCGACUCUUGCUAUGAAUCAUACGUAACAUUGUGCGUAUCUGACAGCAUCUACAAUGUGAGAACAGGCUGCUGAGUUUAAUCAUAGAACAAGUCUUGCAUGUUUGUCUUUGUGGCUGUAUUUACAUUGUAAGAAUCUGCACACUGUAAAUAUGUCUGUCAGGAAUCACUGACUGUUUUCUCAAAUUUUUAUGUGAAUGUAAAAACUGACUACAGUACAAUAAACAUC